AGUCUCCGGAAGUGGUGCUGGGCGUUCUUUAUUUGGAAGAUGGCGGCGAUGUUUACGUGUUGCCUGAAUUGCUGCGGAGAUGGAGGAUCUGGACAUAUCCAACUUAAAGAAAUGCCCACGGUUCAGUUAGACACUCAUCGCAUGGGCACAGAUGUUGUCAUAGUGAAGAGUGGCCGGAGGAUUUGUGGCACUGGAGCGUGUCUGGCCAACGCUCCUCUCCACCAGAACAAAAGUUAUUUUGAAUUCAAGAUCCAGUCCACUGGUGUGUGGGGAGUAGGCGUGGCCACGCAAAAAGCCAAUCUCAAUCAAGUGCCUUUAGGCAGAGACCUCAACAGCCUCGUCUUGAGACACGAUGGCUGUGUGGUUUACAACGGUGAAGAGAAGAACCGCCUGCCUGCCAACAACCUUCCUCAGGAGGGCGACAUUGUGGGCAUCACAUAUGAUCAUGUGGAGAUGAACUUGUAUCUGAAUGGAAAGGACAUGCAUUGUCCCGCAUCGGGGAUAAGAGGCACAGUGUACCCCAUCGUUUACGUGGAUGACAGUGCCAUCUUAGACUGCCAGUUCAGUGACUUCUACCACACGGCUCCUCAAGGAUUCGAGAAGAUCCUUUUUGAACAACAAAUCUUCUAAAUCAGCACCUUUCUCGUACUCGUCCUCGUCUUUGCAUCCUGUAUCAUAUAUAAUGUUUUGAUUGUAAUUGGUGGAUUAUCUCUGACCGAUCCCUCCCCGUCUCUCCCGAAUGAUCAUUCAAGGAUGUCGAUUUGUUAUGGUUACUCACAUAUUCAAAGGCUUUUAAUAGUGGGGAGAAUGAUCCAGUCAGUAUUUUCAUGAUCAGUUGUAUCACUUCAACUAAAGCCUCCUCAUUGUCCAUUCUAGACUCCUAAGAGUGGAUGCUUCAAGGAUCGGAAGCCAUUUCUGGGGAUAUUUCUUUAUAAUUUGUAAUGGUUUAAAAAUGCCUGCACUGACCUGUAAUUAUAUUUAUUUUAUUCACAUAUCAAACUUCAAAUGAUCUCUUUUUUUUUAAUGGCUUGAUCGCUUUUGUGUUGUCUGAAUUCAUGAGGUUCAUCAUUGAAACCUUGAGGAUGGCAAUUUGUUUUUUUUGUUUUUUUGCUGUGUUUGGAACUGACAGAAAAAACAUUAAAAUUGGAAUGACAAGUCAUUUCUCCAGACACCUCCUGAGCCCCUCCUCCUUAGAUGUAUAUGUUGAAAUCUUUUAUGACGUAUUUAUUCUUCAACAUGAAUAUUAUCAGAAGUUGUGACGCUUGGCUCUGAUAAUGAAAUGCUGUGUGGUUCAUAUUGUUGGAGGUUUGCUGCUAACGUUUCCAGCUAUGUACUUGUCUUUGUUUGCACUAACCAUGUGAUUGAUUGUACAAGCAAAUCCAAAUACUGUUGUUGAUUAAACAUUUGUCUGCAGGAA